AUGGCGACGUUUGAGCCUAAGGAAAACUAUAUUGUGCAUUAUAGGAAUCUGCAGCAGGCAAUUGAUAACGGGUUGAUAGUUGAAAAGGUACAUAGAGUCUUGGAGUUUAGCCAGUCGGAUUGGCUUGCCAAGUAUAUUCAGUUAAAUACCGAGAUGAGAAAGAAAGCCAGAAAUGAUUUUGAAAAAGAUUUUUUUAAGCUCAUGAAUAAUACGAUUUUCGGAUUCGCGAUAUUGGACAUGAGCAAAACUUUGAUGUAUGAUUAUCAUCAUAAUGUGAUGCAGAGGCACUAUGGUGAAGACAUUACGCUUAUGUAUACUGACACAGAUUCACUAGUGUAUCACAUUAUGACUGAUGAUUUUUACUCUGACUUGUUGGAAAAUCCAAACUUGAUGGAUAGGUUAGACACGGCAGACUUGCCAUCUAACCAUCCGUGCUAUACAACACACGUAAAAAGGUGCCGGGUUUUUUUUUCUGACGAGUUAAAGGGUGAUAUUAUAUCAGAGUUUUGUGCGUUGAGGGCGAAAUCUUAUGCCGAUACGAUUCACUCAUCAAAUACGUCCGAUACUGCAGGAAGGGAGAGCAUUAAAGCUAAGGGGGUCCGACGUCAUGUGGUUAAGAAUCACAUGACAUUAGAGGACCACAGAAAAUGUCUGUUUGGGGAAGCCGGUGUGAAGGCUUACCAAGAAAAUGUGUCUAUUAGAUCAUUUAAGCACAAGCUGUUGACAAUCAAAACAAAUAAAUUGACGUACAACAGUUAUGAUGAUAAGCGGGUUGUGCUAGAUGAUAAAAUAAACACACUAGCUCAUGGACACUACUGUAUAGAAAAAGAUGAAUCUGAGUAUUGGCCUGGACUCGAUUUGCUGUUGUAUUCUGAUGGGGAGCCAUGGACAGAUUCAGAUAAAGAAUUACAUAGAUUGCUUGUACAAUGUUUAAUGGAAUAG